UUGCGGAAGCGACGCGCUGGCUCGGCAGCCAUUGAUGCGCUUUAUAUCCAAGAGGACAAAUCGACAUUAAUUCCUCCAUAUCUGCGGUUUCCUGCGGACUGACGCCAUGGUGUCCCACUCUCUCGCCCUGCCGAUGAUCUGCUUCACCACGUUAUGGGCGCUGGUCGGGGUCGUGGCUCCGUUUUUAGUGCCCAAAGGACCCAACCGGGGUGUGAUUGUCACCAGUCUCAUCCUCACAGCGGUCUGCUGUUACUUGUUCUGGUUGAUAGCCAUCCUGGCCCAAACCAACCCUCUGUUUGGCCCUCAGCUCAAGAAUGAAACCAUAUGGUAUCUGCGCUACUUCUGGGAGUAAACCAGGACUGUGUGACGUGACGCCUCCCUUCACUCCGAUCCCGGUGUUGGCCGCACUUUGUUUCAACGUAACUCCUGACUAUUAAACAUUCCCACACACACACACACACACACACACACACACAGUCCGAAGAACUGAUGAAGCAACAAGUCAGCAUCAGUUUUACAGUUAUGUACAGAACCUGGAAUUUAAUAAGAGUUCACUAAGACGCAUGUUGUCGGUUGUAAAACAGGAACAAAAGACAUAAAUUCAUCUUGUGACUCCAGUAUGAGACACACUGACUGAUGGUGUGUGACUGGCAGCAUUCAGAUCAUAAAUGAGUGUUUUUUUGUCUGUUACCGAGUGUGGUGAAAGCGUAACAUCGUCUGUUAGGAGUAGUUAUUAAUCUGUUGACUGAAAUGUGCAGUCCUUGGAUACUUCAGUUUAUUUUGUGUUUGUUUACAUUUUUCUUUGGUUUCGCUGCCAUCAGGGAACAUGAAUUUCUGAGUGUUUGUAUUUAUUUGGCCUGCAGGCACUGAUGUAAGCGCGUUGUAAUUACCUCAGUGUCCACACGGUCUUGUUAUAUAACUGUUAUUAUCUGUGAUGUAAUGGUGUGUGUGUGUGUGAGUGUGAAGAGUUCAUUACUGUGAGUGCUUGGACUGCAGCCAUGAGAAUCUCCCAGAACCGUAAAAGUGAAGAGCGAUUCCCUCCCACUUCAGACCACUUCAGCAUGAAAACUCCCUCCCACGUUCACCUCCUGCUCGACACCGCGGAGGUCCUCGUUGCCAUGGUGAUCUCAUCGCCCAAUUCAGUCCCUCUCCACUCGACCCCCUUUUGAUGAAAUCCUGCCCGUCCUCGCCUGCUUGUGUGCAGAUGCACUCUGUUGGGUUCUGUUGGACGGAAGCUUGCUGGUCGCUGCUGAUAGAUUUGGUGUUGAUAUUCCACUGUCUUAAAAUUUAAAUCUUUUUCAAGCCCCUUUUUCCUCAUAAUCAGCCUUUGAGACAGCACUUAACGCCAAAUUCCUCCCUUUUAACUUCCACCUAAUUAAUUCUUUCGGGGUUCGGGGGCUCUUUCAGCCAGUGAUCCCUCACAUCUUUUCAGCGGCAGAUGAGAAAAGUACGUUCAACAAAAGAAAGUACGUUUUCCGUCCUCACUCUCUGCUAGAAACACUUUAAAGAACCCUGUCCGUGAGGGAUGCCUCAGACUGGCUGAUGCAGGAUAUUUAAUCAGAGGCCAGCAGUAUGUGAAAUCACAGUGUGGCAGACCCAAGUUUCCCGUGUGCCGUUUAAAGGGCUGCAUGCAGCCUACUGGGUUUUCAAAAGACACUUUCUCUGAUCUUGUGUAUAACGAGGAAUUCUCUCAUGGCCGUUCGGGAGCUGUUGAUUGGCCCUCGCGCCCCCCCGGCAGCAGCAGUCUGAACAGUAACAGUGACCCGAUUCGGUUUUCGAGGGCUUUCGAAGGUUUCGGUGUUGCUCUCGGGAACAGAAGAACGUGCUCGUAGCGGCGUGUGUUAUGUUCCUUCUGCAGCUCUUGGCCUGUUUUGUCGCUUCGUGUCGCUGAGCUUUUGCUUUGGAUGAGACGCCCGUGUGGCUCAUCCGCCUCCUCCUGAUGCUUUAAGAGUCUGAACUGCCGGCCACGACCACAACUACGCCUCUCCCCUCCACUCCCCGUUUCCAACCCCUCCCUCCUCUCUGAAACCACUUUGCUUCAGCCAAAAAGAA